CCCGUCGUAACCUGAUAUCUGGCAGCCUACUCAGACUGUACUGUACAUGUAGAGGCAACCGGUGCGCUUCACAAGGGCGGUUGUACGGUACUGUAUGCAGCUGUACACUACUACACACAUAUGUCGUCCGGUCAUGAAUACUAUUCAAUGAGGGGGGUUCGUGUAACCGACCGCUUGUGCCGCCAGCGGCAACGCCUUCUCUUGCGUAUGCGACCUUCCUAUUUAAGACAGGCUAGUACAGUACGCCUUGGUUUGUUCCCUCCCACUCACAAUCAUUUGCAGCAGCAGCAAUGGCGGCUACUCUGUUCUGCCUUCUGUACGGGGACGAUCCUCGGAGGGUAUUCGCCGUGCAAGUUCCGUCGGAUUUCGCUUCUACAUUCACCGUCGCGCAACUUCGCAGCCUCGUGUUUGCUCAAACUUCGUUCUCAAACUCCGCAGCAGUAGCAGCAGGAGCGGGGGGACGACCAGAGACACCUUACACCGCUGCGGACGUUACGUUGUACCGAAUCGACGAGGAGGAUGCGCUUGGCGUCACAGACGACCGGCUGAGGCGCGUUUCUCUGACCUGCAGUCCUCCCCACAUCCAGGACAUGUUUCGCGUCACCGAACUGGAUGACCCGUUGGCGGAUGUGUGGACCUUGCUUGCUCCGAGGGAUACGGCACAGCAACCCCGCCUGGACUUUCUGGUCAAAGUAAGGAGGUCGGUCGACGAUGUGGACUCCCUCGCGCCACUUCCACCGGCUUACAGUGAGGCUUUGGUUGGCGACGAGGAAGGGGAUCAACGCCUACCUGGUGGAGCCGUCACGUUUCGACCCACGAGUGCUGAGCCAUCACGCCUUGAGUUUCCUGGAAAGUCUCAGGCACGCAGUGCCGAUGAUCCCGAGUCAGCAGCAUUACGAGAAGCGCCCGCUUCACCGGCCCCGAUGGCGCCGAUUGUGAAUCCCGCGCGACCUGCAAAUCCUACGACAUCGGGAUCAGGUGUUGCCGCAACUGUUAGGCCUGUCUCGGUUUACCCGAAGCUUUCAUCACAGACGGACACGCAUGUCCCCCAUCAACCCGUCACGAAUCCUUCUGCAACAAAUACGUUGGUAGCAAUCGAUGGGGACCAGAUAGAGACGGCUUCGAAUCCUGGGAUGGAACGCCAAGGAGAUCCCGGAAACACGACCGGCACGCGUCAAGGAAAAAAUGGCCGCGCCGCCUUGUUCAGCGUACGCACCUGGCCGAGAUCAAGACGCUACUUGGCGCUCUCCGUCUUUGGCGUUCUCAUCGUCAUCGGCAUUGCUGCGGGUGUUUUCAAAUUGAUGCAAUCAAACCACGAGGCUCCGGCGUCCACAACGCAGCCUACCACCUCGUCGACCACCACUUCAUCAAUUCUUCCAACUCCGACGGCGGUUGCGGAUCGUUCUCUGCGUACGUUUGUUAAUCACACUGAUGGAGUCAAUACUAUGGCAAUCUCCGCAGAUGGCAAACAGUUUUUCAGCGCUAGCAGAGACCAUACCGUGAAACAGUGGGACAUCACCGGACAGAUAAUCCGCAACUUUGCGGGUCAUCGCGACUGGGUCAACGGAUUAGCUCUCUCGCCCGAUGGAACGCUCUUUAGCGGCAGUGGCGAUCACACCAUCAUCCAGUGGAACAUCUCCACGGCGAAUGUCCUUCAACAAUUCCCUGGACACUCUGACGGUGUCAACACUAUUGUUCUGUCGCCUGACGGGAGAUUCGUCUUCAGCGGCAGCUAUGACAAAACAAUCAAGCUGUGGUCCGUGGAGACGGGAGAAAACAUCGGCACCUUCACUGGCCAUUCGGGCCAGGUGUAUUCGCUCGCAGUAUCUCCGGACGGGCGGCACCUCUUCAGCGCCAGUGGUGACUUCACUAUCCGGCAGUGGGAUGUUGCCACGGGGGAGACCCUCCAGAUCUUUACCGGUCACACGGACCAAGUCAACGGCAUUGCGCUCUCACAGGAUGGGACCAUGCUUUUCAGCGGGAGUGGGGACAAUACCAUCAUCCAGUGGAAUGUCACUACCACCCGUUCUGUAAAGAAGUUCGCUGGCCAUCCAAGUGGCAUCCGCUGCGUCGCCCUAUCACGCGACGGUACACUGCUGUUCAGCGGCGGCGUUGACAAAACCAUCAAAGAAUGGAUCGUGGAUACCGCGGAGAACGUGCACACGUUCCCAGGUCACCGAGAUGAAGUCUUGGCCCUAGCGACGUCCCCGGAUCUGAAGCAAGUCUUCAGUGGAAGCACUGACAAGACCAUCAAGUUGUGGACGGCGUAAGAACGCUGCUUACUUAACCCCCGGCGCGUAGCGAAGGACGUUGUUUGAGUUUUGUCUUCCGAGUCCCAUACCUAAUAUAGAGUUAGAUAACAAGUUGACUAGAGAUAUGUCUUAAGUUUCUAGCGGGGUUACUCCCGUUUUCAGGUUGAGAUUCAUUCGAGAUAGUGGCCGUUCGUUUCUUCCUCCAUUAUAUAUCCUUUCCAAACCGAAUAAUAUUCGUAUCGGCGUGAGGAAAAAGCCGGUGAAGCACAGGUCAGACAUGGGAGUCG